AUGGACGUCAUGAUGAAUAUGACGACGGAGGACGUGCGGAGGCUGCGCGGCCAGUUCACUGGCAGCCUGGAGCUGGAGGCGUUCGUGCGUCUCAUGAAGAAGAGUCUCCGCGACCGAAUCCACUCCGAGCUCGACUUCGUUGUCAGCGUGAUCGAGCUUUUCCACACCAUCGACGUGAACGGGGACGCCGUGCUGGACUGGGACGAGUUCGCCGGCUACAUGAUGGAUGCGGGCCAGGCCAAAGCCGACUUCUACUUCGAGGGCCGAGGCCGCUCCAACAAGCACUACGUCCCGCUGCCCAUGCUCCCACCUGACCCAAAGACCCCCCUACGCCACAUCACGUCGCGCGUCCAGCAAAUGCGCCUUCUCACCGACCAGAACGCAGUGGCGUACUUCGAGGUGAACUCGGACGUCGUGUACAUUUACGGUCUCCAGUUCGACCGGAACGACGGCCCUCGACAUCUCUCCACUAUGCGUCUGCACACCGCUUUCCAAGAGCAUGUGAUCAUUGAUGUGGUCUACGUGCCCACGCGGAAGUCGCUGGUGACCUCUUCAGUGCUCGUGAGGGGUUAUCUGAGCAUCUGGAACGUGGCAGACUUGUACAAUCCGGUGAUGACUCAUCGUCUUGAAUCACUCGCCGCCCAGGAGCACUUGUGCUGGGUGCCUUCACUCAAGAGCAUGGCCACGUCUGCCGUGAUAUUCCCUGGUAUUGAGACCGCUUCUAAGCGUGACUGCUAUCGCCCCAAUGCGGGUGCGGACCAACCGCACACCAAACUCAGCCAGCUCGAGCUCUGGGACUUGUCCGGCAAGAUUCGAGCGCCGCCACCGGGGACCAUCGCCACAAAAGAGGUCACGGUUGUGCAGGAGCGACUCAAGGGCGUCACAGCAAUUGUAGCGUUUCGGUCUAUCAACCGCACGUACCUUGCUGUAGGUCGUGAGGACGGCAUCCUGACUGUCGUGGAUACUGAGACCGGCGAGGAAGUGGGCUCGUUCGAUGCUCACGGGAGUGGAGUCAAAGUGUUGGUGUACUCGAACGAAGUGGAGGGUCUUGCUAGUGUCGGCUUCCACUCGUACGCUGACGAGACCUCGCUGCACAUUUCGACCUGGAAGAAGACGAGCUCGGCUGGAAUGCUGUCCCACGACACCACUCUCAGGCAGCACGAGGCGCCCGUGGAGCUGCUCGCCUUCGUCGACUCCAACCACCAGCUCAUCAGCGUUGACCGAACCGAGACGUUCAAUGUUUACUCGAGCGUGAUGCGAACGCCGACGUCGGAGCCGUGGGAAUGUCUCCAGACCUUCCAGUACGUCCCCCCUCCAGCUUCGACUUGGCAACUUCCUCAGACUCUCUGGAGCAUGUUUGUCGUGCCUGAAACAGCAGCGAGCGAUCCCGUGCUGAUCACUGCAGGCACCAAGGUCAAAUUCUACGACCACUGCGAAGUCAAACCUCGCGAGGAAGUCUUCUUCGCGUACUACUGUAGCGCCUUGAAUGUGGUCGUUGGGGCCACGAGCACCAAGUUGCUGCUUUGGAGGGGGGACACUGGGGCGCUCUGGAAGACGUACGAGUAUGCGGCGAUUCUUGGCAGUACACAAACGGCCGACCCAGAAUCGCGUGAGGCGCAUGCUCGAGCCAUAACCGCAGUGUGUGUCGACGAUCGCGAGCGUAAAAUCAUUGUUGGUGAUGACACAGGAAGUAUCAAAGUCGUCAACGCCGUGAAUGGCAACGUGAUGAAAGAGCUGGACCCGCACACUGAAUGUGUCGUGAGUGUAUCGUACGUGCUGUAUGGCAAGCGUGUAAUUUCCGUGUCUGCGGACUCCGUCCUGCACAUUUGUGACGAGAACAACCCACAGGGUUACUACGUGCCAUUCGGAGGGGGGCCCAUUCUCGCUGCCAAGUAUGUGAUCAUGAAGAGCACCGGAAACGAGGCACUGAACCUCGUCGCAGUGCUUGUAGCGAAUCCUCGUGGAGACAGCUUCAUCCAGGUGUGGAAUUUCGACAUGAGCCACUCGCAGGGCACAUGCAUCGCUCCACAGUCUUGUGGAGAGAUAACCAGCAUGAGCUUCUUCGGGUCGACAGCGGACAUUGUGGGCGGCACAUCGUCUGGACGAGUGUUUUUGUGGUCUCCAGUCCUAGGAACGACGUCGUACAGGUGCGUGAUGGAGUUGGCGUCGUCACCUUUUACAACCACGAACGUCGACCGAAGUAACCCCAACGCUGCCAUCACACAUAUCAUAACAAUUUGCGUUCCGGAGACUGCCCACGCCGACGGCGCUGAAGACGAUGGUGGUUCUUCGGAGACAGAGAGAGUGGCAAGCUCGGCUGAAGUGUCAGCUAAGGAGAACUUGGCAAUUUUCGAGGGUAGACCAGCGAUUAAAGAUUGUCUCCGCUUGGAGCACGAGUGCGGUGUACACGUGUACGCGAGUGAUGAAGGCGGGUUUGUCUCUCAAUGGCACGUUCAUCGAUCGUGUGAGCAUGUAUUGACAUUUGCCUCACUACCGAGCGGGAGGCCCAUGUCAAGGCCGUCGUCUGGAAAUGGUCAAUCGCGGCGAGGUCAUGGGACAGCGUUCCAGCACGAAGAAAUGGCCAUCGGCUUCGACUCGAUUGCUGCCCUGUAUCACCACGCCGUGUUGAAAAGUAGUACGAACACAACGCGGCAUUGGCAGGCACACAGCGGAGCGGUGCUCUCUCUGGAAGUGGCGACGAACCCAAUAGCCGUGGUGACGUCGUCGGCGAGCGGGCAGAUCAAGCUUUGGGGGGUCAACGGCGAGAGUUACGGUGUCCUCGAUCACUUCGCCACCCGACGAGCACCGCUCGAUCAUCCGUGGACAUUUCCGGUCAACAUGGCAGCACGCCGGCAGCAGCGUGAGGCGGAGGCGAAGGAAUUUUUGCGACGACCGGCAGGGUCCGCGUGGAGGAGCGUCCUCAAGCCUCGCGUGUCGGUCCUGCAGGAGCGGUUGUCACUCACAAAACGUGACUUAUCCUUCUCUCACCAACGCCCAAGGUCCCGGAAGGCGAACGCUAGACCGUCCGAAGCUGGGCGUGCCGUGCGUAACUUCAUCCUGGCUCAAACGACCUCGGGGGUGGAAACCAAGCGGGCGGCGCCUUCUUCUGCCUUCAAGGCGAUCGACCAGGACACUUCGUCACUGCACUCCGUGCUGAAAGAGCUCGAGCAGUUCCAGCUUAGCACAGACGGCACCUCCGAGUGCAAUAGUGGUCGAGGCGGCGGUGACAGGCUAGACGCGCGCUCCAAGAAGUACUCCAUGGUAACUCUUGCAGACGUCAAGUCGAGCUUGUUUCGUCCUCGCCGAGGUAGCAACUCGGUGCACUGCGAUUUGCCAUCGAACAACCAACGCAGUAGUCUAAAGCAGUCGAAGGCCCGGCCUGAAACACGCGAAGGCUCGGACGGCGUGCUUCGGUAUCACGUCAAACUAGCGCACACGUGGCAGCAACCGCUCCAAAAACAAUGA